AUCUGUGAGCCCUGCUAAUCUGAGAGAAAGGGACUGUUAGCAUCUUACGUGGCACUGGGAAGAUCAUGGCUCUGUCCGGGAUUUGUCGGGAGCUUUUGUUGGUGCUUUUACUGCACAUUGUGCUGAUUUGCUCUGCUCAGAGAGGCCCGGUCGGUCCCAGAGGCCCUCCGGGGCCCCCAGGAGCAGCCGGUGUGCCCGGAGUGGAUGGCAUCGAUGGCGACAGAGGAGAAGACUCCACUGUAGACGGUGGACCAGGCCCCGACGGUGAUAACGGCAAAGACGGAGCUUCUGGAGCUCCAGGCCUUCCUGGCAAAGAAGGACCUGUCGGACCUUCUGGGGACCCUGGCCCUGUGGGGCCAAAAGGACCAAAAGGGGACCCGGGGCCUCGGGGGCCUCCUGGGGAGCCUGGUGUGGGGCCUGACGGGCUUGAUGGUAUUCCUGGUACAGAUGGGCUUCCAGGUGAACUCGGCAAAGCUGGACCCCCUGGGGCAAGAGGCAGGAGGGGUCAGGAUGGUCUUCCUGGUCCUGCUGGGCCACGGGGGCUUCCAGGCGUGUAUGAAGGCGAGGACCUGUGUCCCAACGCCUGCCCCUCUGCCCUGACUGGGCACGCUGGUCUCCCCGGCAUGAAAGGCCACAAAGGAGCUAAGGGUGAAUCAGGUGAACCUGGAAGACAAGGGCACAAGGGAGAAGAGGGCGAACAAGGACCGCCAGGAGAAGUCGGAGCACAAGGACCACCAGGCCCAGGUGGACCAAGAGGCUUCCCAGGAAUAAUGGGCUCCAAAGCGGAAAGGGGACCUCGUGGAGAACCUGGAGGUGCAGGUCCUCGCGGAGUCCAGGGAGCCCCAGGUGAUCCAGGCCGAAGAGGAGCCAUAGGUGAGACUGGGCCGAAGGGAGCGCUGGGGGACCAGGGUCCAUCUGGAAUCAGAGGACCACCAGGACCAAAAGGAGACCCUGGCCUUCCUGGUCCAGAUGGUCGUGAUGGAAUACCCGGACUGCCAGGAUCCAAGGGUCUUCCAGGGAAAAGUGGGGCUCCAGGUGAUGCCGGCCCACAAGGACUUCCUGGUGUGCCAGGUGCUUAUGGCCAAAAAGGACAUAGUGGUCCCAAGGGUAACACUGGUAAUCCAGGAGCUGUAGGACUGAUGGGGUCUCCAGGAAAAGAAGGCGAACGUGGCGAGCAGGGAGAGGUGGGGCCUGUCGGACCCAGAGGAGGACCAGGUGAACGAGGGGAAAGAGGGCCUGACGGGCCUCCAGGAUUACCAGGAGCCAGGGGAAGCAAAGGGGAUAAGGGCCUUCCAGGACUUCCUGGCCCAGCUGGAUAUCGUGGCCAGACAGGAGACAGGGGUGUAGUUGGUCUCAGUGGGCCAAAGGGAGUCCAGGGACCUCCAGGUGCUGAGGGAACACCGGGAGAACGAGGCGACAUGGGUGAUGAAGGCGAGCCAGGAGAGAAAGGAUCGAGAGGCCCGCCGGGAGAGACAGGAAGUAAAGGACCUGAAGGUGGCCGAGGACAGACGGGGAAAGAGGGCAAGCCGGGUCAACCAGGGCCUCGCGGCAUGCAGGGUGACGUAGGGGUACCAGGUCUGCCGGGAGCACAGGGACCAGCGGGAAGAUCGCCGACAGACACGCACAUUAAACAAGUCUGCAUGAGGGUAAUGCAAGAGCAGCUGGCCCAGCUAGCAGGCAUCUUUAGCAGGCCUGAGACAGACAACACCGGGCUGCCUGGUCCUCCUGGCCCACCUGGACCUCCUGGUCCCACCGGAGAAAACGGUUUCCCUGGACACCCUGGAUCACGAGGACUGCCUGGUCUAAAGGGUCCACCUGGUCUAAUGGGUCUCAAAGGACCCAAAGGCGACCAGGGUGAUAGAGGGGACCGAGGACCCACAACAAGAGGACCCAAGGGAGAGCCAGGUGCCCCUGGUCUACCAGGUGGACCGGGGCGAUCGGCUUACGGCACAGAUGGCCGUGACGGACAGAGGGGACCUCGUGGUGUUCCCGGUAUUCCAGGUGUUCCUGGGCUUCCCGGUCCCGCCGGUCUGAACGGUUAUUGUGAGCCGUCACAGUGCAUCCUGCCAAUGGUGGCGUCGCCGGUUUCAGCAAAGGACUCCAGCAUGAAGGGCCCCAGUGAGAUGUGAAGAGGGGCAGAAGUGAACUGAAGGAAAACAGAGACCAGCGCUCGGUGGAACAUCUGCACAUUUGGGUUCUAUGUUUGUUUGAUUACUAGCCCUGAAGCCAUCUCUGUGGUUAGAAACUGAUAUUAAGGUGGACAAUGAACAGCAAACACCUCAAUUUUUGUCAUGUCUGUACUGUCAAACUGAAACGAGCAGUCUGGUUUGUCGUUUGUUUAUGUAAAUGUGUCAAUAUGCAAAUUAUACUGCUGGAUAACGUUGAUUUUGUUUGUGAGUUUCUCUGUUAAAUCCCCACAUGUGCUUUUUCCUCUAGAUGUCUGAUCAUUUCUGUGUCAUGGCAACUCGUUUUUGUGACUGGACAGUUUUAUGACUUCUUAUUUAUUAUAUCAAGAUUUGACGUGAUGCCUUCA